AUGUUCAGAAGAGCGGCUAAUCUUUACCGAUUAUUUGGUGUCACUCACAAACCACAAGUAAAGCUUUUCACUCCAGGACCACUAAAUACCACCACUACAGUGAAAGAAGCCAUGAUGUAUGACUUUGGUUCACGCGAUCCUGACUUUGGCAAAAUUGUGGAAGAUAUUAAGGUCAGACUCCUGAAAACUGCUGACGCUAAGCCUAAAGACUAUGCAGCCGUUCUAGUGCAAGGAAGCGGUACUUUUGCUGUUGAAGCAUGCUUGGGAACCUGCUUCCCACGUCUUGAUCCAGGUGACAAAUCAAAACGAAUGCUCAUCAUUGCCAAUGGUGCAUAUGGUGAAAGGCAAGUUAAAAUUUGUGAGGUGUUGGGGAUCCCACAUAUUGUUCUUACAUUAUUUAAGAAAAUAAAUAAAAAAUCAUUUUAAUAAAAUACUUAUAUAUUAAAUAAAUUUAAUGUAAAUGACUCUGGGUUAGGUACGCAGACUCUGAAAUAGUUAAUCCAAAUGACGUUAAAAGACAACUCAUAGAGCAUCAUCAAAUUUCACAUGUAUCAGCUGUUCAUUCAGAAACUACCACUGGAAUUCUCAACCCUUGCUUGGAAAUUAGAGAUAAAAUGAUGAAUUUGACGAAAAUUGGACUCCGAGACGCGCGCUCCUAUGAAGAAUGUAGGACCCAUCCUGAUAUAGCUGAAAGCAAGGCUUCUGUCCCUUUUUGAAUUAGGCCUUCAGAUUUGGGGAUGCAUUGCCGAAGACGGAAGUUUUGUUCUCCCCAAAAGUUUCCUACCCUGCCAGACGUGCUAGACAGGUUUUGUCGGUUCCUUCACACGACGACUAUUUCAUAGCACCUAUUUUUUUUUGGCCUAUUUUUUUUGGCCUAUUAUUUUUUGGCCUAUUUUUUUUGGCCUAUUGUUUUUGGCAUAUUUUUUUUUUGGCCUAUGUUUUUUUGGCCUAUUUUUUUUGGCCUAUUUUUUUUUUGGCUUAGUCUCAUUCAUGAAGCUGCUGAGAGGACUAAAACCUUAUUGAGAAACAGAGAACUUUCCUUACGCGAUUAAUAUUGAGUAAAUUAAGUGAAAAACUCCUAAUUAAAUCUAAAAUUCUCGAAAUUUUAAAAGCAAUGAAUUAGUAUUCAUGGAGUAAGAAAUCUGUUAAGGGUGUAUUUUUUGUUGGUUAAAUCGUUUAAAACACAUUAAAAAUUAGAUUAAAACAAUUAGUAUGGAAUUAUGCCAAAUAUUAGUAAAAAAUAGUUAAAAAAAUGUCAAAAAAAAGGCUAAAAAAAAUAGGCCAAAAAAAAAUAGGCCAAAAAAAAGUCGUUAUGAAAUAGUCGUCGUGUGAAGAUACGGGUUUUGUCUACUGCAUAGUCUUGGUGCACUCGGCAGGCUUGACUGCGCUCUAGGGAGCUGGUCCCUUGGAUUCAAGGUGGGUUUAGCGUUUAUGAUCAACAUAAAUUUUAAUUUAUUUAAUUACCUUGGAAAUAGGAAAGGUCGUUCAUGAGCACAACCCUAAUUUGAUAUACAUUGUUGAUGGUAUGAGUAGCUUUGGAGCUGUUCACCUUGAUUUAUAUGAAGCUCAUGUCAACUAUCUUAUCAGUUCUUCUAACAAGAUGAUACAAGGAAUUCCAGGCUUCGCCUUUGUAAUUGCUAAACUUACUCCCCCCAUCCUUGAUAAAGGACAACAUUGAAAAUUCCUAAAGUAUUGGUAAAAUCAAUUUCCAUACUCGAAAGAUUAACUUUCAUAAAGAUAAUGUGAGGCCUCAAAUCAAUUGACACUUUUUGAUAAAUAAUCAGCUUUAGAGAUAUGGGAGUAUAAUUUCCCAUACUCAAUAAUAAUAUGAUUUAUAGUAUAUUAUAAAAUAUAUUGCAUCCUCGGCCUUUUGUAGCUAGAGACUAAAAUAUUUAAAUAAAACAAUUUUUCAAUUUAUAAAAAUAUACUUUUUUACAAAUUUUUUAGUCAUAAUCCUUCAUUGCAAGAAUCGGCUUGAUUGAGUUAGCAAUUUAAUGCAAUGCCAAGGAAAUUCAAGAUCAUUAGGUCUAGAUCUCUAUGAGCAAUGGGACUAUCAAUUAGGCAACCCAGGACAAUUCAGAUUUACACCUCCAACUCAUGUUAUGGCAGCAUUCCAUCAAGCCUUGGUAGAACACGAAGCUGAAGGAGGAGUUAAGGCCAGAGGUGAAAGAUAUAGAAAUAACCAAAGAAUCUUACUCCCCCUUCGUGAGUGAACAAAAUUAUUGGAAAAAUCCCUAAUUUUUGCCUAAAAACCCAUAUUCCAUGAGCGAACAAAAUUUUUUAUGAAAAUAAAUUUUAAUGUAUAAGCGAUAAUUAAUAUAAUGAAAUCUCUAGUUAAUUUUUGUUAAUUUUGAGCAAAUUGCAUUUUAAAACUUAAAUUUUGCAAUCAAAUAAAUAUUUUCUUCCAAUUUUCGCAGAUUGGAACUAUAUAUAAAUUUUAAAAAACAAAUUGGCCUCCUCCAUGAGCCGUGAGCGAACCAAAUUUUUUUUGUUCGCUCACGAAGAGAAGAGUUAAGUGAAGAAAUGAGAAAGCUUGGAUUUAAGCUAUAUGUGGAACCAGAGAAUCAAGGGGUUUGCAUCACAACCUUUAUGCAGCCUUCACAUCCUAAGUUCAAUUUCAAAGUUUUAUAUGACUAUUUGGCUGAAAGAAACAUUGUUAUUUAUCCUGGAAAACUCAGUAAAGCACCUUCAUUUAGAUUAGGGAAUAUUGGAGAACUUUAUGCUGAUGAUAUGUAUGAAUGCAUCAAUAAGCUUAAGGAAGGGUUUCAAUAUAUGGGAGUGCCGUUGCCUUUAGAAGAAGAUUAA